CCUUACCUACUACACACUCACCCUCUUCUAUAUAUAGGAAUCAUGAAUCAUUGUAAUAAAUAUCAAUAUAACAUUAUAUCAAUCAAUAAUACAAUCAUUUCUCUUUAUACAUUAAAUUUCUACAUGGUAUCAGAGCAAGGUUAAGCUCUUGGUGCUCUUCGCCUUCUGGCGGACGGCAACUUUGCCUUAACCGCCCGCCAGACCUCAACCAAUUAAAACCUACCAAAACCUCCAACCACUGCAGCAACUCAAACCACUGCUAACUCGAAUUGACGCCAACUCUUCUCGCAACCAGUGUUUCAUUUCGGCCUACUGCAGUUACAGAUUGCCUUGCUGCAACUCCGGGCACCGUCGCCGACCAUCCCAACUCGCAUGGUUUGCAUGCUUCGUGUCCAGCACCUGCAAUAUUGCUGCGUCUGACUGCUGACCACGACGCCUACCCAAUACGUCGUUGGUCCGUCCAUCAUCCUUCUCAUUCACUGCUCAUGCGAGCUACAUGUGCUGCCGCCGACCUGUUCUAACUGUCUCGGUGCCGUGUAUGUGUUCAGAUGUAAGAACACAAGACAUGUCCUCUCGUCCCAAAGUCUCCACUCCUCUCACCUCCCUCCGCCGCCUGGCUGAAGGUUACUGGUUGAAACAGUCCUCGAUGUCUCCCUAUGCAGAUUUUGUCACUGCAAUGCUUAUUCGUUCAACUGGCCUGAAUCUUCAAAAAGCAUAUUCUCAAAGAUUGAAAUCACUAGGCCUUGUUGGACUGUUGGAAAAUUCAGAGAUUCUUUCAUCUGGGGAUAUGGCUACUCUGGUGUACUUAUGGAAUCCUUUUACCAUAGUCAGUUGUGUGGGUUUGUCUACUUCUCCAAUUGAAAAUUUGGUCAUCAUACUGUCACGUUAUGGAGCUUGUACACGACAAAUUCCAUUGGCAGCUUUUGGAUGGGUCAUAGCAACACAUUUGUCCCUUUAUCCUGCUAUUCUGAUUGUACUGGUGUUUCUUUUAUUAGGUUAUGGUCCAGAUGCUCCCCCAAGGAAAUUGUUACUGCAAAGGAAUUCCUGUGAACUGACAGGUCAACAGAAGGAACUGAAAAAUCAACCAGUGCAACUAAUUUGUUUCUCUUGGAAACCAGUUGUGUGUUUCUUCUUGUGGGCAUCCAUGUGGGCAUUCUACGUGUUAGUUCUAUGUGGCAUUUCUGUUAAACAAUAUGGUGGUCUUCGGGAGAUGUUUAAGAGAACUUAUGGGUUUAUUCUCACAGUGGAAGACUUGUGCCCAAGUUUGUCAUCUUGUUAAAGAAAACAAAUUCACUCUCUCUCUCUCUCUCAUCUUUCCACUUUCAAACCCACAAUCCUUUUUUUUAAUCAACCCACUACCUCACUUUCUUUAAACCCCACUUUCACUCACACUCACAUGGGCUUGUCCCAUUCUCCUCUCAUCUUUUCAACUUUUCUUUCAACUUUUUUUUCCAAAGUAUUUGAUCUGCCCAAGACGUGGCACAACACUUUAUUUUAUAUAUUAUUAUUAUUCUUAUUAUUUCAACCAAAAAAAAAAAGGCAGAAUUGCACACCAAACCUUCCCUUAUUUUAUUCAUGUCGGGCCUCACCCCGAUCACCAUUUUACAU